GUGUGGGCGGCUCCGCCCCGGUGCGGCGGAGAGCCCGGCUGUGAGCGCGGGGGGGCGGCGCGGGCCGGGCAGCAGAGCCGGUGCGUGCGGGCGGCGGCGGGGAGCCGUGCGGGGCCCGGGCCGGGGCCGGCAGCCACAGCGGCGGCGGCGGCGGCGGCAGGGAGGAUGGGCGAGCGCUGUUGUGCGGCGGUGCUGCGGGUGCUGGUGCUGCUGCAGGCGGCCUGGGCGCUGGCGGGCGGGCAGGUGCGCUACUCGGUGCCGGAGGAAGCCAAGGCCGGCACGGUGGUGGGCCGUCUGGCGCAGGACCUGGGCCUGGAGGCGGGCGAGGCGGAGGCGCGGCGGCUGCGGCUGGUGGCGCAGGGCCGGCGGGCGAGCGUGGAGGUGAGCGGGGCGAGCGGCGCGCUGCUGGUGAGCUCGCGGCUCGACCGGGAGGAGCUGUGCGGCAAGAGCGCGCCGUGCGCGCUGCGCCUGGAGGUGCUGCUGGAGCGGCCGCUGCGCGUCUUCCAUGUGCAGCUGGAGGUCACCGACAUCAACGACAAUGCCCCCGUCUUCCCCGCCGCCCGCAAAAACCUCAGCAUCGCGGAAUUGUCUGUGCCGGGGUCUCGUUUCCCGCUGGAGGGCGCGUCGGAUGCGGAUAUCGGAGCGAAUGCGCAGCUCUCCUACACACUCAGCCCCAGCGAAUAUUUUACACUCGAUGUUAAAUCGUCUGAUGAAAACAGGAAGUCUCUGUUUCUGGUACUCGCAAGGUCUUUGGACCGCGAGACGAUUCCCGUGCACCGGUUGGUGCUGACGGCGAGUGACGGGGGCCGGCCGUCUCUGACGGGGACCAUGGAUCUUGUGAUCUCGGUGGUGGAUGCGAACGACAACGCGCCCCAGUUUAACCAGUCUGUGUAUAAAGUGCAGCUGCCGGAGAACGCUACAGAGGGGACACUCAUAGCACGUGUGAAUGCCACGGAUCCUGACGAAGGAAGCAAUAAGCAGUUUUCUUACAGCAUCUUGAGUUCGACUCCUAUCGGUAAAAAAGAACUCUUUACCAUUGACACCAAGACGGGCGACAUCAGACUGAAGGGUACUUUGGACUUCGAAGGCGUUAGUUUACAUGAAUUGCAAAUCGAAGCCACAGACAAAGGGACACCCCCGCUAUCGGGUCACUGCAGCGUGGAACUGAAGGUGCUGGACGUGAACGACAACGCGCCGGAGGUGUGGGUUCUUGCUCUCUCCCCUCUCACCCGCCUCCUCGACAGUUUUUGCCUGGAGCCGAGCUCAGCCCUCGCGGCGCAUGGGCGUGUCUUAAGGAAGGAAAAGAGGAGGAGAGAAAGAGGAGACAAAAGGACCAACUAUUACCGCUGCGGUGGAAGGCAGUGUUCCGAAGAGAAAUCUCGGAGCGCGUCGGCCGAGCGGGGGGAGCCACGGCAGGUCCGUCCCCGCACGGAGCCGCAGCGGGAGGAGGGCAGCAGGCGGCGGCUCACGGAAGGAGCCGCGGUCGGACACCAGAUGCCGCUGUUGGCCGCGAAGGCGCCGUGA